UAUAAGUUCAAAAGUUAUAUAAAGCUGGGCUUCCAAGAAGUGUGAAAAAAAAUAUGGAGAAACUAGAAGAACAAAGGACGUGCCUUGAGUCACCACUGGUUUCUCAAGAUGACGCUUUUGAAUCUCAAGCGGGAUUUGGCAAAGAUGAGAUUCUUUCUGAGGUGAAGAAGCAGCUGUUAUUAGCGGGGCCUCUUGUGUCAGUUAAUUUCUUGAUAUUUGCUUUGCAGAUUAUCUCAGUAAUGUUUGUUGGUCAUCUUGGGAACCUACCACUUUCUGGUGCUUCAAUGGCAACUUCCUUUGCUUCAGUAACUGGUUUUGGCUUGUUGAGAGGAAUGGCAAGUGCAUUAGAUACAUUCUGUGGUCAGUCCUAUGGAGCAAAACAGUAUCCAAUGCUUGGAAUUCACUUACAAAGGGCCAUGAUUGUCCUGUCACUGUUUAGCAUUCCCCUUGCGUUUAUCUGGUCCAAUGCUGGUGACAUUCUUUUGUUCUUCCGACAAGAUCCUGAAAUAUCAGCUGAAGCUGGACAGUACGCUCGUUUCAUGUUGCCUAGCAUUUUUGGUUUUGCUAUCCAGGAAUGUCAUAUCAGAUUCUUACAAACCCAAAACAAUGUUGUUCCAAUGAUGGUUAUCUCAGGAUUUACAACAUUACUUCAUAUCCUUGUUUGUUGGAUUCUGGUGUUCAAGUCUGGUCUAGGAAAUAAAGGUGCUGCUUUGGCAAAUUCCUUCUCUUACUGGAUUAAUGCUUUACUUCUAAUACUAUAUGUCAGAAUCUCUCCCUCCUGUAAAAAGACUUGGACAGGCUACUCGAAGGAAGCCUUCUAUGGUAUUCACAAGUUCUUAAGACUAUCAAUUCCUUCAGCUAUAAUGCUCUGCUUGGAAAUCUGGUCGUUUGAGAUGGUGGUUCUGUUAUCUGGCCUUCUUCCCAAUCCAAAGCUUGAAACAUCAGUUCUGGCAAUCAGCCUUAAUACAUGUUCAACGAUUUAUAUGAUACCUCUUGGACUUAGUGCUGCAGUGAGCACAAGAGUUUCCAAUGAACUGGGAGCUGGACGACCACGAGCCGCUUAUCUAGCAGUCUGUGUAGCAGUGUUCAUAGUGGUCACUGAAGGAAUUAUAGCAGGUACUGUCAUGUUCUUGGGUCGAAAAUCUUGGGGCCAUUUAUACAGCAAAGAUGAAGAAGUAGUGAAAUAUGUGGGAGAAAUGUUGCUGUUGAUUGCAGCCUCCCAUUUUAUUGAUGGUAUUCAAUCUGUGCUUACAGGGGCUGCUAGGGGAUGUGGUUGGCAGAGAAUUGGGGCCUUGAUUAACCUGGGAGCAUAUUAUCUUAUGGGUAUCCCUUCUUCAAUUAUACUGGCUUUUAUCUACCAUCUUGGAGGGAAGGGACUUUGGACAGGACUUAUAGUGGCACUGUUUGUGCAAGCAUUAUCUUUAGCCAUGGUCACUCUAAGCAGCAAAUGGGAUCAAGAAGCACAGAAAGCUACUGAUAGAGUAUAUAGCGCAACAAAUUCUACGGAUGCAUGAUCAAGAGAAAAGAUGAGCUCGAAUAAUACAUUACGGGAUUAUCAUUAAAAUUAAGAAUUCAACAUUUAUUAAUAAUUCAUGCAGAUUAACAAUAUUGGAUUGUUGUAUUCGAUCAAAACAGAGAACCAAUUCUCUUCUCUAUACUGAUUAGUGUGUGGUAAAGUUUUUUUUUUUUUUUUAAAGUUCUUUAAUUGCAUUAGAUCCAG